CGAUGUUCACCAACAUCCCCUGACACUAGUAAAAAAGGAAAAGUCAAGCAAGUGAUGUGCUUGUGACAGCCUGAUGUUUGUUCCAUAUAGUGACAUUAAUACCCCGUCUUACAUGUGUACUACCUGCUCAUUUUGGAUACAUGAAGAAUGUGCUUCAUUACCGACAAUCAAAGGACUUGAGGAUCAUGAUCAUGAUCACCCCCUCACCUUGGCUUACCAACUUCCACUUGAAUUUCGACGCUAUAAUUUUGAAUGUGAGUUUUGCAGAAAAGUAUUGAAGCCAUCAGAAUGGGUUUAUUAUUGUGGUCGUUGUAGAUACUUUGUCCAUGUCUACUGCCUAAGCAUCCAUGUCAGAUUUGGGAGUCGCAUAGAUUAUGAUCAUAAUGAUGCUGAUGCUGGUCCUAAUGAUCUGAGGCUGCCCUGCAAUGAUGUGUUCGAUGAAAUGAUCAAACCUGUGAUGGAGAAAAGGAUGAAAGAAGAGUUAAAAUUGUUGCCGGAGAUUAAACAUUUCAGUCACAGCCAUCCGCUAAUCCUUUCUUCAACUCAGCCAGUGGAGAACGAAAAGGAUACUGAGGAAAUGUUAUGCGAUGGAUGCAUCCAACCAAUUUCAACUCCGUACUACACUUGUGCCGAGUGUAAGUACAUGCUGCACUUAACCUGUGCCAAUUUUUCACCUGAAAGAUUGUAUCAUGUUUGCUGUUAUGGUCACCUUUUAACCCUGAAAAAGUUUAGAAAUGAGUUGGGGUACUUUUAUUGCUGGUGGUGUGAUACUAAAGGUAAUGGCUUUUUCUUCGACUGUGAAGAAUGCCGUAUCAAAAUCCAUUUCAACUGUCUCAUCUUUUCGUUUGGAAAGCAAAUGGUUUACAAACUUCACAAACAACACAUUUUAUGGCAUGCAAGAAGUUACAGGCAAAGCCCAUCAAUGCACUGUCAUGCCUGUAGAGAGGAGAUAACAAGCUCGAAUGCUUACUAUAGAUGUCGUUGCGGUUUCUUUUUGCAUCAAUGGUGUGCUACUUUACCAGGCGCAGUCAAGCAUAGAUGGGAUAAACACCCUAUUCUUUUGAUGCAUCCACCGUUCAGUGAUCAUCCAGAUGAACUUUACUGUGAGGUUUGCAAAGAUGAGAUACACCCCAAAACUUGGAUAUAUCAUUGUCGCGAAUGUGAUCAAUCUUUUCAUCCUAGAUGCAUUCCUCGACUUGGUAAGGAUGGUAAUGUGAAGUUUGGUAGCACCAUUCAAGUCGCCAAUCAUGAGCAUCCCCUUAGGUCUGUCCGAAAAAGAGAUACAAAUCUUCCUGCAAUGGUUGUGGUACAAAAUUUAAUGGUGGGAAGGCUUGGGAAUGCGAAGUCUGUAGGUUUUCCUUUUCCUUGUGCUUUGCUUGUGUCUGCCAUGCAAUUGACCCUAGUUAUGUACUCCCUGUGCCCCAUGAUUAAAUAUAUAUUGCACGGGGAUUAUAUUGUAAGUUCACUCAAAGUCUCAUCAUUGAAACAUUAUAAGCUAUGA